AUGAACAAACUGUUUGUAAGCAACUUUCCAGAAUGUUACUUGGAAAAGGACAUAGAACUGAUAUUCACUCCAUUUGGAGACAUAAAAUCAAUAAAAGUCGUGAAAGAACCUAGAGUAUUUGCAAUCGUUGAGUUUAGAACGUCUCAAGAGUGUGUAGCUGCAAUUGAAUCUAUAAGAGGAAGAAGACUUUAUGGAUGCACAGACACACUGCAAGUAGAGCCUGCUUUUGAUAGAAAGCGAAGGGUCGUUGUAUCUGGGAUUCCAUUAGGAACACAUCAACAUGAGAUUUCAGAUUUUUUCAAAUACUAUGGCACUAUAGAAAAUGCCACACAAAACAAUGAUGGCCUUGUGAUAGUUGAUUAUUCAUUACAAAAAGAUGCAGAGUAUCUUCUUACAUUAGAAGGGAAGGUUUCAUUUAACCAUAACACUACUAAGUUGUCAAUCAAACCAUUUUUAAAGAAAGAAAAAACUGAUAGAGUCAUAAGUCAUGAAAGAUCCAUUUUUGUGUAUAACUUACCAGCCAAGAUGACUAACACUGACCUUAGAGAGUCGUUUGAGAAGUUUGGAUGCAUUUUUUCCUGCGGAGUAUUGAGUGGAGGAAAGGGAUUUGUUAAUUAUGACAGAGAGCUUUCUGCUCUCAAAGCCAUCAGGCAUAUGGAUGGAAAGAAGAUUUCUGGAAAAAAAGCCAGGGUAGUGUUGAAGUCUAUGAAAAAAGAGUUUUCUAGUAAUUGA